UGCAGGAAACUCCCUUUGGAUCGCAAGGCUCAAAGUCAGAAAAUGAGAUACAAGACUUCUCUGGUGAUGAGGAAACGAAUGCGGCUUUACCAAAACGCCCUGAAAGAGUCAAGUAGCAGCUCCGGACACCAUGGCCCCCAGCUCGCUGCCGCCUCCAGCCCCUCGGUGUUACCGGGCUUUCACGAGCAGCCUCCCCAGGCCUCCCCUAGCUGCACUUUGAACGGACUCCUGCGUCUGGGGCUCCCCGGAGACAUGUACACACGGCCCGAACCCUUCCCGCCGGGACCUGUGGCCCGCAGCGACGCCCUGGCAGCUGCCGCAGCCCUGCACAACUACGGGGGCAUGAACCUGACCAUGAACCUCGCCGCACCCCACGGUCCCGGCGCCUUCUUCCGCUACAUGCGCCAGCCCAUCAAACAGGAGCUCAUCUGCAAGUGGCUGGCGGCCGACGGCCCCGCACCCCCGCGCCUCUGCUCCAAAACUUUCAGCAACAUGCACGAGCUGGUCACGCACGUCACCGUGGAGCACGUCGGAGGCCCUGAGCAGAGUAACCACAUCUGCUUCUGGGAGGAGUGUCCGCGCCAGGGCAAGCCCUUUAAAGCCAAAUACAAACUUGUAAAUCACAUCCGCGUGCACACGGGCGAGAAGCCCUUCCCUUGUCCUUUCCCGGGGUGUGGGAAAGUCUUUGCUAGAUCAGAAAAUCUCAAAAUACACAAAAGAACUCACACAGGGGAGAAGCCCUUCAGGUGCGAGUUCGAGGGCUGCGAGCGGCGCUUCGCCAACAGCAGCGACCGCAAGAAGCACUCGCACGUGCACACGAGUGACAAGCCCUACACGUGCAAAGUGCGCGGCUGCGACAAGUGCUACACGCACCCCAGCUCGCUGCGUAAGCACAUGAAGGUGCACGGGCGCUCGCCGCCGCCGCCCAGCUCUGGCUACGACUCGGCCACGCCGUCUGCCCUCGUGUCGCCCUCGUCGGACUUCGGCCGCGAGCCCCCGGUGGCCUCCUCGGCGGCGGUGGCGGCGCGUAGCGCCGACCUGAGCGAAUGGUACGUGUGUCAGGGCGCGGGCCCCGCCCCCGCUGCCCCCGCAGCGCCCCCAAGCCCCGCGCUGCCACCUGGCCCCGCCGCCGCCGCCGCCGCCGCCUUCGUCGGCAAAAGUAACACCACGAAGUCCUUGUGUGGUUCACAGAAUGGGAAAUGUCUUCCUCGAGGCCUGGGCCGCCCCGACAGCCACCCCUACUCCGUUCCCGGCUCCCAGUCGGAGCCUCCUCGGAAGUUCCUGUGGCGGGAAGAUGUCCACCGCGUUGCUCGCAAGGUAAUCUCGCCCUGCGCAGCUGAGUGCCCGCAUCUUGCGCCUGCGACAUCAAAGGGCCCGCGCACAAAGCAAUGUUUCUUCGCCACGGUGCAUCUUCAUGAGAGCUGCGAAGAGCCAAGCCCUAAGACUGUGCGGCUACAGCCCACAGGACUCUUCUCUGAGCCCCGAUUGGGAGACUGGGCUCUUCCGUGA